AUGUCCUCCACCGCAAUGAUGAAUCCUGCACAAUCGCUACAACACCCGCACCGUAAGCCUGUACCGGCAAGAGCGUCGUACAACAACCUCCAGCAGGCGCAAGCCCAGCAACCGCCAGCGCAGUAUCCUGUCGACCAAAGAACGUACUCGCGAACGACCACCAACUCUUCCUCAUCACCCGCCAACACUAUGUACACUGCCCCGUCUGUUCAACCACAGCAGCUUCCACAACGAGAACGGCGUACCCUAUCUAAUGCCACCUCAUCGACCGCUUCGACGACCAAUGCCGGCCUCCAACGCGCCCCUACCAAUGCCUCGCAACCUAGGCGUUCGACCUCUUCGCGCUCCACCAAUUCCGCCUCGCCUACCUCCUACGUAGCUCUCAUGCGCAAGCAGAAGGCCACCGUCUGGUGUGACCGCGCUCAAGUCGAGAACCCAGAGAUCCUCGCCCGCCGGCGCGCUAUCAAGAUGCAAGCUGCGAAGGAUGUCGCCGGCGGCUCCCACCGCUUCAGCUCAAGCAGCAACAACGCUCCUCAAAGCAUUGGCAUCCGCAGCAAGAUACGGCACCAUGGCCUGCCCAAAGCGAACCAAUACACUGGCCAAGGCAAUCUAGCAGGCGCAGGCGUGCCCUUACGGCUCAGCGCCACAGAAGUCGACGAAAACGACAGCGACGAAGAGCAAGACUCGAAAUACAUGAAGCAAUACCACUCCCGCAACGGCAGCCGCGGCUCCAGUUUCAACAGCGGACGCCAGCCCAACAACAAUUACCUCAGUUCCGGCAACGGCAGAGGAUACAGCAGCGGCUCCACGCCUCGCAGCGGCCAUAGUCCGGUCGACAGCACGACGGACGUUGCGGACGAGACGCCGAUGCCGAAUCAGUACGGACAGCAGGCUGGCGGGUACUUUGAAGAGGGCGAUGAGGCGGCGGAGGAGGCGAAGUUUGGCGGGGUGGGUGGGCUGCCGCAGCGCACGAAGCCGGUGCCGCAGGAGGGGCAUACGAGUGAUGAUUUGAGGCGGAGAGGGAGCGUGGAUGAUCGGACGAUGACUAUGAGUGGGGUCAGGUUGUUUGUUGCCAAUCCGGAUUUGAGUGAUUGA